AGGGAGGCCUUCGGAGGCUGAGGCUGAUUCGAAGACUGCUCACAAAGAGGAAAGACUUCGUGGCAAGGGCUUCAAAACCCAGAGUCCAUGGCUGCACCGUUCGUGGUGGAAAGCCCGGACGUCAGGUACACCCCGGACGUGAUCGAGGCCAGGUACGACUACCAGGCGGUCCAGGUGUGCCAAGAGGAUGGCGUCACCAAGGUCACACCGUCCUCCACCCGGCUGCUCUUCCGCACCGAGAGGCACGUCCCCAAGCUUGGCGUGAUGCUGGUCGGCUGGGGAGGCAACAACGGGACCACAGUGACGGCCGCGGUGCUGGCCAACAAGCUAGGCCUCACCUGGAUGACCAAGUCCGGCCCCAAGCGCGCCAACUACUACGGCUCCCUCCUGCAAUCCUCCACUGUCUGCUUGGGCAACGGCCCCGGGGGUGAAGUCUACAUCCCUUUCCGCGACCUGCUCCCUAUGGUGCACCCCAACGACAUCGUCUUCGACGGGUGGGACAUCUCCGGCAUGAACCUGGCCGAGGCCAUGCGCAGGGCCCAGGUCUUGGACUGGCCUUUGCAGGAGCAGCUCCGGCCGCACAUGGAAAGCAUGCGGCCCCGGCCCUCCAUCUAUAUCCCAGAGUUCAUUGCAGCCAACCAGCAAGAGCGGGCCGACAACGUGCUGAUGGGGACGAAAGCAGAGCAGGUUGCCCGAAUCCGCCGUGACAUCCGCGACUUCAGGAACACUAGUGGGGUGGACAAGGUCAUCGUCCUCUGGACAGCCAACACCGAACGUUUCUGUGAAGUCCGGACUGGGCUGAAUGACACGGCCGAAAACCUCUUGAGAGCCAUUGAGUCCGGCUUGGAGGUCUCUCCUUCCACCCUCUUUGCUGUGGCCAGCAUUUUGGAGGGUUGUCCCUACAUCAAUGGGUCUCCCCAAAACACCUUUGUGCCCGGCGCCAUCGAACUCGCUGUCCAGCGCCAGGUCUUCAUCGCCGGCGACGACUUCAAAUCCGGGCAGACGAAGCUCAAGUCUGUGCUGGUGGAUUUCCUCGUCAGUUCGGGGAUCAAGCCAGUCUCGAUCGUGAGCUACAACCACUUGGGCAACAAUGACGGGCGCAAUCUCUCGGCCCCGGCCCAGUUCCGCUCCAAGGAGGUCUCCAAGUCUAACGUGGUGGAUGACAUGGUGGACCUGAACCCAGUGCUCUACGGCCCGGGCGAGCGGCCCGACCACUGUGUGGUGAUCAAGUACGUGCCCUACGUUGGCGACAGCAAGCGGGCGCUAGAUGAGUACACCUCCGAGAUUGCCCUGGGCGGCACCAACACCAUCGUCAUCCACAACGUUUGUGAGGACUCCUUGCUGGCGGCCCCCAUCAUCCUGGACCUGGUGGUGCUGGCGGAGCUGUGCCAGCGCAUCCGGGUAGGCAUCGAGGGCGAGGGGGACCCCCAGCCCCUCCACAGCGUCCUCUCGCUUCUCAGCUUCCUCUGCAAGGCCCCCCUUGUCCCCAGAGGCGCUCCCGUGGUCAACGCCCUCUUCCGACAACGUGCUGCCCUUGAGAACCUCCUCCGGGCCUGCGUGGGCCUCCCUCCCCAGAACCACAUGCAGCUAGAAUACAAGACCCAACAGCCGUGGGGCUGCGCCAAGCGUGUUCAGAGCCCCAAGCAAUCGCCCCCGCCGCGCCUCAAUGGCUUUGUGUGCCCCCCGGAAAGCAAUGGCCACCCGGAGCCCCAUCUCGGCUUGCAAAACUAGACACCGCCCCCCUACUUUGGACUGUGCGUCCCCUUCCCUCCCUUGUUUUGUUUUCGUUUGAGCCAGGCAUCUUCGGUGGCAGCGCUCCUUCUUUCUCCGUGAAAACUGUGAAUGUUUCGUUGGAUAAAAUGAAAUAGAAAUAAAACAAAGAGUUCAGAUGAA